AUGACAACCAAACAUUUGAAUUCCCAAGUUUUAGGAAACCUGGAGUCACACCUGUCGGUCUCGGCCCGUGUCGACAUCAUCCAUUUGACCCAGAGCCAUUUGUCCAUAUUUUGUGACAUCCCGCACGAGCCCCCCAAAAUUCAUGUUGUGACACCGUCUAGGGUGGGCCGAACCACCUCACUGCAGUUGAGUGAGACCAGUGCACCAUCCAGAGACUCAAAUACCACAGCGGUCCCAUCAAAUUCCAGCACUGCAGGUUACAAUUUGGACAACUACUCCCAGGUAAUUCACCUCGUCAUGUCCAUUGUGAUAUUCAUCCUUGGCACGUUCGGAAAUGGGCUCGUCAUCUAUGUGACAGGGUGCAAGAUGGAAAAGACUGUCAAUUCUGUGUGGUUUCUGAACCUGGCGUUGGCCGACUUUUUUUUCACAUUCAUGCUGAUCUUCAACAUCAUCAGCACCUCUCGUAAUUUUAUCUGGCCUUUCGGCGACUUCAUGUGCAAGUUUUACAGUCUGAUCGGCAUAGUCAACAUGUACGCCAGCGUUUUCCUGCUGACAGCGAUAAGUCUGGACCGUUGCCUCUCCACCUGGGCAGUGGUGUGGGCCCACAACAAUCGCACGCUGGCAAAAGCCUGGGCCACGUGUGGGUUAAUCUGGGUUGCAUCUGUGCUUUGCAGCGUCCCUUUCAUUACCAUACGUAAACUAAUCCCAGCCGGAAAUAGCAGCCAUUAUUGCGGUAAAGUUGGGGUUGCGGUAGACUUUCACAAGUCCCUUGUUUUGACCCGUUUUGUGCUCGGAUUUUUGAUCCCCUUCCUGGUCAUUUCCUGCUCCUACAUAGCCAUUGGAGUGAGAGUCAAGCGCCUCCACAGAAAGAAAAAGUACAAAUCCUUGCGGGUAAUUCUGUCUGUGAUAUUGGCAUUCUUCUUUUGCUGGUUACCCUUUCAUAUACUUGAGCUUAUGGAAGUGCAAAAUAUCAAAUGGAAUCAGGACACAAAAAAUAUAUUAACAAUUUUGGUGCACAGUCUGGCCUUUUUCAACAGCUGUCUCAAUCCCAUUCUGUAUGUGUUCAUGUGUGAAGAGUUUCAGAUAAAGCUGAAACAGUCCCUACUGGUGGUGUUGGAGAGCGCCUUUACCGAGGAGAAUAUGGCCUUUUUUUCGACUCAUCUCGCCACCAACUGCCGCCAUUCAUCUCAAAGUAACAAAGAGAGAAAGGACAUCCUCACUUCCCUUGUCCUCCCGUCGAAAAAAGAGAUGUUUACUGCGUAA